UUUUAACAAAAUCGAGCCCAAGUAACACGCUCGACUGAACUCAAAAAUUGGACUCAAACUUCCUCCUCAACUACAGUACGUCAGUACACCAUUAGUUAUUUCUUACAACACCUCUCCGUAUCUCCGACAGAAACCCAAGAAUCGGUGGCGCCGGCGAAGCCACCUGAACAAGGCAGUUGAAAGCGACGAGCAUUGCGAUUUCACGGCUUUGGAAGAGCUCAACGAUCGGCAGUUAGCCAUUCAUUCAGAUCGUCAUCGCAAUUCAAAUACUUGAAUUUCUGGUAAUUACCAAUUUGAUCGGGAAUGGCGAGUACGGCAUGUUUUAUGAUCGUUAGUCGCACUGAUAUACCCAUUUAUGAAGCUGAAUUGGGUUCUGCACUGAAAAAGGAAGAUGCUGCACAGCAGCACCAGUUUAUACUACAUGCAUCUUUAGACAUAGUCCAGGAUCUUGCAUGGACAACCAGUGCUAUGUUUUUAAAAGCAAUAGACAGAUUCAAUGAUUUGGUGGUGUCGGUAUACGUAACUGCUGGUCAUACGCGAUUUAUGCUUCUUCAUGACUCCCGUAAUGAGGAUGGAGUAAAAUGUUUCUUUCAGGAGGUGCACGAGUUGUAUAUCAAGAUUCUGCUCAAUCCCCUUUAUCUACCAGGGUCUCGCAUUGCUUCAUCACAUUUUGACACAAAAGUCAGAGCCCUAGCCCGAAAAUAUCUGUGAAGCGGAUGUGGAAAGCAAGAGAAGCUGAGUUUGUUACUGGAUUAGACAGAAACUGUCCUGAGUUCAAGGCUUCAAGCUGUUAUUUGGCUGACACUUCAGUUGAAAGUUUAGGUUAUAAAACAUUUUAGUUUAUACAAUACGAGUGGAUAAGAUGUAUUGUCUUUUUUUUGUAUACCCUAUGAUGGCAAUAACGAGUAUUGUCUUCUUUCUUAUACGAGAAGUAGAAUUUUCAUCCUUCUAAUUUUGGCAGUGAUUGAAAGAUUUGCCUUCUGGAACUGCAAGGUUGUCUAUUUUUUUUUUGAAUGACAGUGCUUUUUGCUAA